ACGUGCCUAUUGUCCACACAAUGCACAUUUACUAAUGCACUGCUGGUUGCUCGGACCACACUAUAUCGACUUUAUUUGCUCACCUGUGGAUAAGUCAACAACAUCCGUCAGUGAUCUGAGGGGAUCUCGGUGUAUGUCCUCCAAUCUGUGCCGCUUUCUGUCUGGAUCUCCACGAAAUGGAGGGGAUGAUAUUGAAUGAGGGUCGCUCUGUGGUCAAGGGUGGUCUCAUAAACCGGGGCAGAAGUAAAACUCUGAAAGUUCAGAGCACUACACAUGAACCUUCUUCACCCUCACCCAACAAUGACUCUCACUUCAAGAACAGCCUGGAAAGUAUUUUAUCUCAGAAGCCGUCACCUGAAUCCAUCCACUGUUCAAAUGCAGGACAGACUAAACAGAAGGUAUAUCAGACUUGUGUGAAGAAUGUGCCGUGUGCUGGCCGAGCACUAAGGAAUGCUUUCCUAUCUAAUGGCAAGGACAACUGGAAAACUCAUAUUAAAUUGGCAAGGAUCAUCAGGAGAACAUAUAUUGGUCUGGAGCUGGUGGAAUGGUUGAUGGAUCACUGUGAAUUCAUACAGAACAGGGUAAUAGCUUCCAAAAUGUGGAACAUUCUCCUGGACAUGGGCGUUCUGCUCUCAGUGGAGCAGCAAGAUGUGUUUGAGGACUCCAGGUCCUUGUACCAAUUCACUUUUGAGGAAUGUGAGGCCCAGAGCUGUGAUUUCAGGAAUCAGGCCAAUUGGCAGAGUGCAGUGCAUCUGCUCCUACAGCUGGUCCCUCACACGCAGCUCCGCGGUGGGGCCCGCAGACGCUAUAAAGAAGAUGAUACCCCGAAGACACCAGAGGUUUUUAAUCCAGUUUUUCAAAAGAGAGCACUGGAGCAUCUCACUUCAACGGUACAGCAGGAGUUGCUCGAGGCUUUGGCUCGCAAGGCACAGAAUAAAUCAAUCGUUGAGGAGAACAUACCAGAAACCCCUCCACCCUCUCCAAGUUGUGCUGAGCUCACGCAGGGACCCGGGGCCGUUGUACGAGAAAGAGAGGAUAUCAGCCGAUUGGAGAUGGUCCAGAGACUGGCAAAGGAUGGAUGCCGCCUUCUGCAUAGCCCACUGAGAGCUACUGAACGUCCUGCCGAGCCCACCGGUGACGCAGCAGUUCGGGUGUGCGAGAGAGAGAGGACCCGCGAGAUGCUGCUAUCUCAGAGGACGACGUCACCGCGAGCUCCCCCCUCCCGCUCCUUCUCAAACAGGAGGUUUGCCGCUGUGCCUGCCACCCCUGAGAAGGUGCUGGAACACCUGCUGGAUCAGAUGAGGAUGGACGAGGAGCAGAGGAACCCCCAAAGCAGAGAAACAGAUAUUCUCUUGGAUGACUUCUUGCUGACCUACCCUGUGUUCAUGUCCACCAGUGACCUGUGCCAAGCAUUGCUUGGUCACUAUUGUUCGAAGAAAGGACGAUUGAAAGAGGAUGCCAGAGAGACUCUGCUUAGGAAACGAAAAGUACUGCACCUGCUGUCCCAGUGGAGCUCGUUGUGCACAGAUCUACGUCAGGACGACGAAGACGCCAAACUAUUCCUUAAGACCCUCUACAGAUAUGUUUUGGAUGAUCUGUAUGAGUUUCCCUCCCUGGAGAAAGACAUUAAAGAACUUCAGAAACUUUUACGGAUGCAGCGCAGACAUACUGUAGAUGAUUACUCGCCGCAGAGGAAGAAUAAGGCUCUCUUCCAUCAGCUGAGCCUGAGGGAUAACUGGCACCCUGUACGAGCACCUCAGAGAGAGAGAAAUGAAGUGCUGUGUCGUGUGUACGUGACUGUAGACUCCUACGUGAGCGUGAGGACACACAGUGAUGCGUCUGCGCAGGAGCUGCUGGGAACCGUGGCAGAAAGACUCGACUGCGCAGAGGACGACAUGGUGCUGGUCGCCAUCACGUAUGCUGGAGAUAAGGUUUUGCUUCAGUCAGAACAGUGUGUGUUUUCCUCUUCACUCACUACUGCUGACAGGCUGCACGUCUACAGAAGAGACCUGACCGAGAUCAUGAGUCCUUGCACUGAUAACGGACAGCAGCGCUCAGUAAAGAUGCUCAGUAUGAACACGUGGGAUGUAGCCGUGUCUCUCACCAACUGUGACUGGAGCCUCUUCAGUAACGUCCACGAGCAAGAGCUGGUGUAUUUUACUCUGAGCCGUGAUGCCAGUGGCGGCCACACAGUGGCGCUGGAGCAGCUGUUACAGCGCUGUAAUGAGACACAGCAGUGGGUGAUGACUGAAGUGCUGCUGUGUCCCACCCUAUGCAAACGUGUGCAGCUCUUCAAGAAAUACAUCAAGAUUGCAGCACACUGUAAAGCACAGAGGAACCUGAACUCACUGUUUGCUAUCACUAUGGGAUUAAACAGUCCGGCCGUCAGUCGACUUACUCAGACGUGGGAGAAAGUCCCUGGUAAGUUCAGGAAGUUGUUCUCCGAGCUGGAAAGCCUGACGGACCCUUCGUUGAACCACAAAGCCUAUAGAGAUGCCUUUAAGAAAAUGAAGUCUCCCAAGAUCCCUUUCAUACCCCUGCUUCUGAAAGAUAUUACGUUUAUUCAUGAGGGCAACAGAACCUUUCUAGACAACCUGGUCAACUUUGAUAAGCUACACAUGAUAGCGGACACCGUGCGAAUUAUUAGGCAAUGCCGGACAGAUCACAUGGGAAACAUGUUGUCCCAGAAGGACAGCGUAGAGGUGAGAACAUACAUCAACUACCUGCACGUCAUUGACAAUCAACAGACCCUCUUUGAGCUCUCACACAGACUGGAGCCCAGGACCUAAAAGACACAGGACAAAAUAAGUCCUGUAACCCAAGACUGUGGUUGUUAUUCAGUGUGUUUCCACUAGAGGGAGACACACUCUCAUACACCACAGACAGCCAAAGAAAUCAACCUCAAGUUCGGUCGUGUGAAUGGAACAAAGAAAACCGAAUGCUCAACUGUGAAUCAUGCUGAACUGAUGUUUAAAUCAGGAAGACCUACAGAACAACUAUACAAUGAUCCAGUAUUCAAUGCUACAAUAAGGACUCGUGAGUUUUUGGGGAUGUAAUAUGUUUUUUUAUUUGCUUUCUCGUUUGAUGUAGUUGUUCAGAACAGAUGUUAGGUUGUUUGAGCCAGUCAGCCUCUGCGAAACAUUUUAAAAACAUCAGAGGAUGUUUGAGCAAAUGCAAUUGUAUCAGAAUAGACUUAUAUCAGAAUAAUAACCCUAAACAGCACACUAUGUUGUAGGUGAAGCAUUGCUACCACAAACAAUACUUUAAAACAGAGACGCCCAAACUAGGGCCUGCAGGCCAUAAUUGGCUUCCAAUGAACUUUCAUUUUGCCCAUUAUGCCACGUGAGAUAAGGAAAAAGGCAGUGGCACACAAACAAAAGGAAAUGUAAUUUUUUUUUUACAACAGUUUCCUUUGUUUAUGCAUAACUAUGCAGUUUUAUUUUCAGAGUAAAGUUUGCUUAUUUAUUUUUUAAAUAUUAGAAAAUUAUAAAUUAGGAGAAUCAGGGCAACUUUAAUUUUAAUAUAACACAGCAACAUUUACUUUAAACCCACGACUCUCAGUCAGGUUUGAUUUUUGGCCCUUGGUAGGAAAACGUUUGGGCCCCCCUGCUCUAAAGUAUAGCUUAAAUAUAUUAUUAUAUAUAAUAUUAUUAAAUAUAAUCUAACUAGGACAUAUUUAUUUAAAUCUGAAAAUAAUGCAUAUUCUAAAAAUUGCAGUGCUUUCCUAAGCCUUGUAAUAAACUUAUGAUUACUAAAAAAAUAUUUGUUGGUUCAACUUAAAAAUUAAGUUACCUGGUUGCCUAAAAAAGCUGAGUCAAUUUCAACUCAAAAAUAUCAGUUGUCACACACUCACACACACACACACAUAUAUAAAUUUUGGAGUCAACCUAUUUUUUAAGUCAAAUCAGCUAAAGUUUUAACCAGGUAACUUACUUUAUUAAGUUGAACCAAGAAAUCUUUUUGUACAGUGUAUGUACUAGACACGCUGUAGAUCAGGUUCAGUAAUUCCUUCAUAAUUUAGUUUGCAGCUCAUAAUAGAAAUAACAUCAGGGUAACAGACAAAUAGACAAACACAAGAGACAUAGACUUACUGUAUUAAAGAGGCUUUACUGCUUGGCUCAUAUAACUGUGUACAGUAGUUCUGUAAAGACUUACAUUAGACUGUGUUUAUUUUGUUUAUAAGUUGUUCCUUGAGUUGUGAGUAUAUUUAUUUAACAAUAUAUUUGUUCAGACAGGAGCAGGACACAAGUUUAAAAUAUAAAGAUGUAAUGUAUGACUGUAAAUGUGAUCAGAUGGUCUGAAUGAUUUGGCAACGCCAUUGAUUGAUCAGUCUGAUUAUUAAUGCAUGUGAGCUUCACAUGCAAACUCUGUAAAUACAAAAAAGUACUUUUUAAAAAUAAAUAAGAAAAACAGGCCACAAAGCAAUAGCGAGGUGUACGUGUCACCUCCAAAAAAACAUAAUUUAGCAGUGACUGACUGUAGCUGCUGUUUGCACUAGUUUUCUUGAAUACGAGUCUUACAUUAAAGAAAAAUAAAUCCUCUUCCUUCCUUCCUUUCUUUCCUUGGAUGCCCACGUGUACAGUUUUAUAUUUUAUCUUUAUCCUUACAUGGUUUGGCUUAAAUUAUUGAAUUCGAAAAUUACUGACAUCAUCAGAAUAUGAACAAUGAGAGACAUGAUUGUUAAAUAUCGUAAAAAACC